AUGGCUAAAGCAGCUGAUAGGGGCAAAAUGUAUGUUUUCAGUUGUCUGCUAGCUGUGAAGCUUGACCCAUUGCCAAGCUUGAGAACCUGCUCAUGUGUAGUUGUCUUAAAGAUUGCUUCCCCAUUCCAUUUACAGGGCCAGCUUAUGCAAAUAACCAUGAUGGUUCCACCUUCGUUCCCGCAAGAACUCCACUAUCUGGACAAGGAGGACAGGCUGCUUCGCUGGCUGGUCGUGAAGCACAGAGACGCGGUAUACGGACUGGAGUUCAUCAACGAGGAUGACGGGAGGAACGAGCUGAGCGGUUUCAGCCAGGCUCAUACGAAGGAUGACUAUGAUAUCGAAAUUGACUCCGAUGAUGACCGCUGGGACGACGACGACUCGGACGACGACGAGUAUGCAAUCGAGGUGGAGGAAGAGGAGGAGAAGGAGGAAGAGGAGGAGAAGAAGUAG